CCUCCCCCCGCCCUCCCCCCCGCCGGCCGCCAUGGACUCGGACGAAGGCUACAACUAUGAGUUCGACGAGGACGAGGAGUGCAGCGAGGACAGCGGCGCCGAGGAAGAAGACGACGACGAGCCCGACGACGACGAAGACGACGAGCCCGACGACGACAACCUCGACCUGGGCGAAGUGGAGCUGGUCGAGCCCGGGCUGGGCGUGGGCGGACAGCGAGACGGGCUGCUGUGCGGCGAGACGGGCGGCCUGGGGCCCGGUGGAGGCGGCGGCGGCGGUGGAGGCGGAGGCGGAGGAGGAGGCCUGGGCGGCAGCGGGCUAGGCGGGCCGGGCCCUGGUGGCGGAGGUGGAGGCGGCGGAGGCGGCCUGGGCCACGAGCAGGAGGAGGACUACCGCUACGAGGUGCUGACGGCCGAGCAGAUCCUGCAGCACAUGGUGGAGUGCAUCCGAGAGGUCAACGAGGUCAUCCAGAAUCCGGCCACCAUCACCAGGAUACUCCUCAGCCAUUUCAACUGGGAUAAAGAAAAGCUGAUGGAGAGGUACUUUGACGGCAACUUGGAGAAGCUGUUUGCGGAAUGUCAUGUCAUUAAUCCUAGUAAAAAGUCUCGAACACGUCAGAUGAACACCAGAUCAUCUGCACAGGACAUGCCGUGUCAGAUCUGCUAUCUCAACUAUCCGAAUUCGUAUUUCACUGGCUUGGAGUGUGGACAUAAGUUUUGCAUGCAGUGCUGGAGUGAAUAUUUAACUACCAAAAUAAUGGAGGAGGGCAUGGGACAGACAAUCUCAUGCCCGGCUCACGGCUGUGAUAUCUUGGUUGAUGACAAUACAGUUAUGCGCCUGAUCACAGAUUCAAAAGUUAAAUUAAAGUACCAGCAUUUAAUAACUAAUAGUUUUGUAGAGUGCAAUCGACUGUUAAAAUGGUGUCCUGCUCCAGAUUGCCACCAUGUUGUCAAAGUACAGUAUCCUGAUGCUAAGCCCGUUCGCUGUAAAUGUGGCCGGCAGUUUUGUUUUAACUGUGGCGAGAACUGGCAUGAUCCUGUUAAAUGCAAGUGGUUAAAGAAAUGGAUUAAGAAAUGUGAUGAUGACAGUGAAACUUCGAAUUGGAUUGCAGCAAACACAAAGGAGUGUCCCAAAUGCCACGUGACCAUCGAAAAAGAUGGCGGCUGCAACCACAUGGUCUGUCGGAACCAGAAUUGUAAAGCAGAGUUUUGCUGGGUGUGUCUCGGCCCAUGGGAGCCGCAUGGAUCUGCCUGGUAUAACUGCAACCGCUACAACGAGGAUGAUGCCAAGGCAGCAAGAGAUGCCCAAGAGCGCUCCAGAGCCGCCCUUCAGAGGUACCUCUUCUACUGCAACCGCUACAUGAACCACAUGCAGAGCUUGCGCUUUGAGCACAAACUCUACGCCCAAGUCAAGCAGAAGAUGGAGGAGAUGCAGCAGCACAACAUGUCCUGGAUCGAAGUCCAGUUCCUGAAGAAAGCGGUCGACGUCCUCUGCCAGUGCCGUGCCACGCUCAUGUACACCUACGUCUUUGCCUUCUACCUCAAAAAGAAUAACCAAUCCAUUAUCUUUGAGAAUAAUCAAGCAGACUUGGAAAAUGCUACCGAGGUCCUUUCUGGGUAUCUGGAACGAGAUAUAUCUCAAGACUCGCUGCAGGAUAUAAAGCAGAAAGUGCAAGAUAAAUACAGAUACUGCGAGAGUCGACGAAGGGUGUUGUUGCAACAUGUGCAUGAAGGCUAUGAAAAGGACCUGUGGGAAUAUAUCGAGGACUGAAAAGUGGCCUGCAUAAAACGAACUCUGAAAAAUCUUUUCCCAUCUAGAGUGCUCAUACCAUUCAGACAAAAACCCACAUACACACACACAAACACACACACAAAAGGGGGCACCACGCCUAUUACACCGCUGGUCUGUAGUACCGGAAUUCUGUUUCUUUUUUUUUUUUUCUCUUUUCUCUUUUUGUUAAUGGAAAAAAAAAAUUUAAGUAAAUUAUAUUGUAAUAAAAAAAAAAAGGUAGAUAAACCAUUGUACAACAGUAUUCUAGGUGGCCAGUGUGACAGACGCACUAAAAGCAAAAAGCAGCCUUCCGACUUUUAACUCGUAGCUUCCUUCCCUGAGCUGACUUUAUUUUUCUUUCUCUCUCUCCUCCUCUGCAUACGACCGAUGAAAUUUAAAACAAGUUUCUUGACGCUGCUGUUCAUGUCCGACCAGCCGUUUUUGAUGUACUUUGGUAUGAGAUUUUUCCCCUACGCCCCCUCCCCUCCCUUCCUGCCCCUCUCCCCCCACCCCUCUGUAACAAAUACACACCAGUUCAUGGGUGGUGAAUGUUGUUUGGCUUAUUGUAAAGAUGAUUUUUGGGGUCGGGUGGGGAGGAGGAGGGGAGGGCGGGGGGGGGGAGGAAAGGGGCACCAAACAAGGAAAAACAAAAACAAAAAACAAAAAAAAAACAAACCACUUUGUAUAUGACUUUUAAAAAAAAAUACGAAAACGAAAAACAAAAGAGGACAACACAGUAUUUUUCAAAAUUGUAAAUAGCGUAUAUGCAUGGAUAAAAAAAAAAAGGAGCAAGCGUGGCACGUGUUUGCAUAAUGUUUAAUUACAAAAAAAAAAUAUUUAUUCUUUAAAAACCUUCAAGAUGUCUAUUUGCCGUGCAUUUCUUCUUCUUCUUCUUUUUUUUCCCAGUUUGCUUUUUAUUCAGGGGAAAAGGGUGGGUGGGGUAGGGAGGGGGCAGUGGGCGCUGCUGUAAACAGCUCGUUCUCCCGGCUCAAACAAGAUAAAUUGAUAGAGGGGGGGAUAUUUUGUGGGGAGAGGGGGGGGUUUCCUCUUCCUUUCACUCCUUGCAACCCAUUCCUUGUUCGGGUGUGUUCCUUGCUGGCAACGGACACCGUCCCUUCGGCACUUCCAGCUUCCUUUGGUGUGCGUUUCCCGGGGAUUUUGGGUUUUUUUUUGGAAAUCAAGAGUGUUGUAAUUCCAGCUGCCUUUCCUUUCGGCUUUGAAACAGCCCCGUUUUCCUCCUAACCUCGGCCGUUGGCUCCGUGUGAAAAUCCAAUGAUCUUAUUCCCCACCCACCCACCCCCUCCGACUGGCUCUUCCUUCACUCAUGGGAAGUUUUGGGCAUGUGGGUUUUAAAAUGUCUGUACGGAACAUCCCUUGUUGACAGUGUCGGGUCUUGGAAACCCGCUGGGAAAAAUUGUGGCGUUUGUGGUGGUGGGGGGGUGUUAUUGGUGAGGAAAAAGUGCUAGGUGCAGCAAACACUCCCACCUAGUUGCAAGAAUCUAUAACUGUUUUUCAAGCUCAGCAACGUUAAGAGAGGUGGGCUUCAAUUCCCAGAAUUCCCCAGCCAGCUUUGCUGGCUGGGGAAUUCUGGGAGUUGAAGUCCACACUUCAACGUUUGCUGCGGUUGAGAAAACUGAUCUAUAGAUUCUGGAGCCAUUGAAUAUAUAUAUAUUUUUUUCCCGAAUGAGGAGGGAAUCAUGAAUAUCAAACUAUACAAGUCAUUUAUAGUCUCAUAUUUUUCUUUUUUUUUUAUAAUAAAAAGUUACCUUCAAGCACGGUUUGGAAGCUGUUUAUUACUGUAUGGGAGCUUCUUGUGAGUUGUUUCCCCAGCCGGCUUAUGUGGCAGUAUUUCUUACUUUCAAAUUCAGAGGGAGGAAAAAAAAGCUGGAUAUACCCCAAAAAAUUCUAGCUUGUUUCCUCAAAGGGCUGCUUUUCUGAUACUCCCCCCACACCUUUUUUUUUUAAAAGAAACUAUUGUUAAGUUUCCAAGGAUCUGUUCAGCUUUUUCCAUACCUGCGUGCCAGUGACGUUUGUGAUUGUGUGUUUAGGGACGACCGGCUCACCCACCCCUGGCAAAUAUUUCCCUGAUUGCAGGAACCGUAAGGUUUUGCACAAUCCCGCUAUCGGAUUUUAAGGGGUUUCCUGCAAAUGUGGAAGAGACUCAGCCUGUUUUGGCAGCUCAGCUUUGCAUCUGAUGAGAACUUCCGUUCUGAUUUUGGCUCACCUGUGGAUUCCCGAAACAAUCCCAAAUAAUAUUUUUCGGUGUAAAAGAAAGAGAGGAGAAAGUUGUUUUCGCUUUGUGACUUCCUACCUGGAAUGAAAGUUCGGAAUUCGUCAACGGUUUUGGAAAGGUGCAACUUAACUUCUUCCGAAAAAUGUCCACAUUCAAGUGCAACGCCCGUUCCUUGAAUGAUUUUUUUUCUUACAGUCUUUGCAUGCUUCCGAUAAGGCAUGACAAAGUGCUUCCAAUCCAGUUAAGUGAGGAUGUGUGUCUUGUGUGUGUAUACUGAUCUUUUUAUCAUCCCUGCUUGGAACUAGCUUGACGGGACAAGUGGUCCAUUCCUUGGAGGGCCCCCAUGGAAUAAACCCCAUUCUGUCUCCCUGUGCGCGUCUCAUGCUCGGCUCUUUUUCUCAAUAUUUUGCCAUUGCCCCCGUAUUAUUAUAAACAGUAUGGUGGUUUUUAACAAAAUGUAUAUAAGAAGCAUUUGUUGCACUGUUAUCUUCUACUUCAGAAGCUCAUAUAACCCUUGUGUGUUCAUGGAGGGGGGUCGGGGGGUCAGGAGGGGAGCUUCCUAAAAUUGGGAUUUGCAAAAUCGUUUCAACCAGUGUUUCUGGUGAUACAAGCAAUUUGGGAGAUUGUGUAGACUUCAACUCCCAAAAUUUCCCCAAGACAGCACAUGUUGUCUGGGGAAUUCUGGGAGUUGAAGUCCACACAUCUUUCAAGUUGCUAAGAAACACUGCUCUAUAGGGUUACUCCUAGACCUAAUAACUCCUCUCCUUCCUUGCUUCCCAGUCCUUUAGAACAGGGGUCUCCAACCUUGGCAAAGUUUAACCUGGCGGACUUCAACUCCCAGAAUCCCUCAGCCAGCAAGCUUGCUGGUUGGGGGAUUCUGGGAGUUGAAAUCCGCCAGGCUUAAUGUUGCUGAGGUUGGAGACCCCUGCUUUAGAAAACAAAGAAAAUAGUACCUUUUAUAUAUAUAUAUAUAUUGUGCUGCCUCCCUAUGGGCAGAUGGAGUGAGGGUCCUCUAAGCCGCCCCAGACUCUGGCGAUCCUGGCCCUUUAUCUUACGCUCAUUCUCUUCUACCCCAUUGAAGUGACUGCAUUUGGGUUUUUAUCGCUAGCGUUAUGUAUCAAAACCGUCUCUUUUUUUAAAGUUUUUUCAGAACCAUUUAACUCAAACGUGUCGUAGUACAACUGCUGUAUUAGAAAUCAAUUAUUGUGUGAGACCAGAGUGGUGUUCUUUGGCAAACUUUUCCAUGUAUAGAAAGCUCCUGUAAUCCAGCAUGUAAGAGAGAGAUGAUAAGACGAGUGGACUGGGCUAUGACUGAAGGCUUGUAAGUUUCUUUCCUUUUUUUUUUUUUUCUUUCUUUUUUCCCCCCUCCAUCUUUAAAGACCUCCAUCUCAUGCUGUGGAAUUAACUGUUCUUAGACUUCAUUGUAACUGGCGGACUGUUCCAUGUUAAGGCUAAUCAGAGGGAGAAACUGCGUUCUAAUUCUAAUAAACUUUUAUUUUGUUA